AUGGCCAAUUCCUUCUACGGAGCGGCGCAGAGGGUCCUGGAGUCCGGGUCCAUCACCGGCUACCGUCCACGCCUCGAGCUUGGGAGCGACUACCUUUCCGCUACCGACCACUUCAAGCAACCAUUAUGCGGCAACAAAGAGGGCUGGGGACCUCUGAGCCCCUUCCGAUAUGACUUCACGCCCUGCUUCAUUGACGUCUGGGUCGCUGUCGUCGCCGCCUUUGGCAUCGUCUUCGGCACCAUGGCCACCGUCUGGCUGCUCAAGAAGACGAAGCCCGCCAACACCCCGAAGGACUGGUCCUUUUACACAAAACAAGCCCUUCUUGUCGUCAUCAUGCUAGACGUGGCCGUCCAGCUUGCCAUCCAGAUUGCCAGCUACCCCAACAUAUGGUAUGGCGACUUCCGCGUGUACACCACCUUUGCCACCAUUCUCGCGCUUGGCGUCAUCUUUGCUAUCCAGUGGCUCGAGCAUGGCCGCCUUCGCAACCCCAACGGCGUCGCUCUUCUCUUCUGGCUCUUCCUCCUGAUUGCCUUUGCUGUCAAGCUCCGAUCCCUCAUCUCCCAGCAGAUGUACCACAAGAACCUGCCCUACUUCAUCACGUACACCGUCGGCGUCGGUCUGUCUGUCGUCGAGUUCCUUGUCGAGUGGUUGUGGCCGAGGAAGACGACCGCCUACGAGGUCCUGAUCGAUGAAGAAGAGUGCCCUGUCGAAUACGCCACCGUCUUCUCCCAGCUGACCUUCUCCUGGAUGACGCCCCUCAUGCAAUUGGGCUACAAGCAGUACCUGACCGAAGAGGACCUCUGGGGACUCGCCCACCAGGACACCACCAAGAGCACUGGCGAAGCCUUCGACGAGGCCUGGAAGCGCCAGCUGGAGAACCGCAAGGGCCCCUCGCUGUGGCUUGCCCUGUUCCGCGCGUACGGUUUGCCCUACGCCGUCGCCGCUCUGUUCAAGCUUGGCAACGAUGUCUCCCAGUACAUCCAACCCCAGCUUCUCCGCCUGCUCAUAGCCUUUGUCAGCUCCUACGGUGACGGCGAGCAGCCCCAGCCCGUCAUCAAGGGUGCCGCCAUUGCCGUCGGCAUGUUUGGCUGCGCUACCUUCCAGACCGCCAUGGUCCAUCAAUACUUCCAGCUUGCCUUCGUCACGGGUAUGCGCAUCAAGGGCGGCCUGGCCUCUGCCAUUUACAAAAAGUCCAUGAAGCUCUCCAACGAGGGACGUGCUUCCAAGUCCACCGGUGACAUCGUCAACUUCAUGGCUGUUGACGCCCAGCGCCUCCAGGACUUGACGCAAUUUGCUCAGCAAGUUUGGUCCGCCCCGUUCCAAAUCGUCAUCUGUAUGGUGUCGUUGUACAACCUCGUCGGAUGGUCCAUGCUCGCCGGUGUCGGUGUUAUGGUCAUCAUGAUGCCUGCUCAUGGCUUCAUUGCCCGAAUCAUGCGUAACCUGCAGAAGGAGCAGAUGAAGAACAAGGACGCAAGAAGUCGUCUCAUUAACGAGAUCAUCAACAACAUGAAGAGCAUCAAGUUGUAUGCCUGGGGUGCUGCCUUCAUGAACAAGCUCAACUUUGUCCGAAACGAUAUGGAGCUGAAGAACCUGCGCAAGAUUGGAGCAACACAGGCCUUUGCCAACUUCACCUGGAGCACAGCGCCCUUCUUCGUUUCGUGCUCGACCUUUACCGUAUUUGUCUUGACCCAAGACAAGCCCUUGACCACCGAAAUUGUCUUCCCUGCUCUCGCUCUCUUCAACCUCCUGACGUUCCCCCUUGCCGUUCUCCCUAUGGUGAUAACAUCCAUCGUGGAGGCAAGUGUCGCCGUCGGCCGUCUGACCUCCUUCCUGGGUGCCGAAGAGAUCCAGCCCGAUGCCAUUGUUGUCAAGCCUGCUCCUGAGGACAUGGGCGAAGAAACCGUCGUCAUCCGUGGCGGCACAUUCUCCUGGAACCGUCAUGAGUCCAAGACUGUCCUUCGUGACAUUGACUUCACCGCCUACAAGGGAGAGCUCUCGUGCGUCGUUGGUCGCGUCGGAGCUGGCAAGUCUUCGUUCCUGCAAAGUAUCCUCGGUGAUUUGUGGAAGAUCAACGGCCAAGUCGAAGUACACGGAACCGUCGCCUACGUCGCGCAGUCCCCAUGGAUUCUAAACGCUACGGUCAAGGAGAACAUCAUCUUUGGAUACCGUUACGACUCUACGUUUUAUGAAAAAACUGUAAAGGCUUGCGCCCUGGUUGACGACUUUGCUCAACUGCCCGACGGAGAUGAGACUGUCGUCGGCGAGCGUGGCAUCUCCCUGAGCGGUGGACAGAAGGCGCGUGUGGCACUGGCCCGCGCUGUCUAUGCCCGUGCUGACAUCUAUCUUCUUGAUGAUGUCCUUUCGGCCGUGGACUCCCACGUAGGCAAGCACAUCACCGAGAAUGUCCUUGGCCCCAGGGGCCUACUGAACACCAAGACUCGCAUCCUGGCCACCAACUCCAUCUUCGUCCUUCAAGGCGCCAGCUACAUUACCAUGAUCAAGGAUGGACAGGUCGUGGAGAAGGGCACAUACAAGCAACUUGUGGCUAUGAAGGGCAUGGUCUCCGAUCUCAUCAAGACAGCUGGUCAAGAAUCAUCUGGCCCCUCCUCGUCCAAGGCCAGCUCCAGUCGCUCUAGCACCACAUCGACUACCGUCCUCGAACCUGUGACCACGGGUCAGGAGAAGGACGAAAUGGAGGAGGCUCAAGAGCGUGUCCCCGAAAUGGAACCCAUCAAGACAGGCGCUUCCACCUCGGCCAAGAAGCGAUCCGACAGCAUGGCGACUCUGAGGCGUGCUAGCACCGCUAGCUUCCGAGGUCCCCGCGGCAAACUCACCGACGAAGAGGUUGCUGGCAGCCGUACACGACAGGGCAAAGAGCACACGGAACAGGGCAAGGUCAAGUGGGACGUCUAUUUUGAGUAUGCGAAGAACAGCAACCUUGUGGCGGUCGCCGUCUACCUAAUUGCACUGCUAGCUUCGCAGACGGCCAACAUUGGUGGUUCGGUCUGGCUCAAUAUCUGGGCAGAAUACAAUCAGAAGCACCACGGCAACCCCAAGGUCGGCAUGUUCAUCGGCAUUUACUUUGCCUUCGGCAUUGGUUCUUCCCUCCUUACCGUUCUGCAAACUCUCAUCCUGUGGAUUUUCUGCUCCAUAGAGGCCUCUAGGAAGCUGCAUGAGAGAAUGGCCAAUGCCAUCUUCCGGUCACCCAUGUCAUUUUUUGACGUCACACCAACAGGCCGCAUCCUGAAUCGCUUCUCCAGUGACAUCUAUCGAGUGGACGAGGUGCUCGCCCGGACUUUCAACAUGCUCUUCGUUAAUCUGGCUCGAUCCUGCUUCACGCUUGCGGUCAUCUCCGUGUCUACGCCGGCCUUUAUUGCAUUCAUCAUUCCACUCGCCCUGACCUACUAUUGGAUCCAGCGGUACUACCUACGAACGUCUCGUGAGCUCAAGAGGUUGGACAGCGUUAGUCGCAGCCCCAUCUAUGCACACUUCCAGGAGUCACUAGGUGGUGUCUCGACCAUUCGGGCGUACCGACAGCAGCAGCGAUUCGAGCUCGAAAACGAGUGGCGAGUCGAUUCGAACCUCAAGGCGUUCUACCCCUCCAUCAGCGCCAACCGUUGGCUGGCUGUACGUCUUGAGUUUAUGGGUGCUCUCGUCAUCCUGGCCGCCGCCGGCCUUGCCAUCAUAUCCGUGACAAACCACAGCGGUCUCAAGGCCGGCUUGGUCGGUCUAUCCAUGUCAUACGCCCUGCAGAUUACGACAUCCCUCAACUGGAUCGUGCGCCAGACUGUCGAAGUCGAGACCAACAUUGUCUCGGUCGAGCGUGUCCUCGAGUACGCCCGUCUGCCGGCCGAAGCGCCGGAGGUCAUCAAGGAGAGCCGACCUCCGGUCACGUGGCCGGCGAAUGGCAGUCUUGAGUUCAAGAACUAUAGCACUCGCUACCGCGAGGGCCUCGACCUCGUUCUCAAGAACAUAUCCCUAGAUAUCAAGUCUCACGAGAAAAUCGGCGUCGUCGGGCGGACGGGUGCAGGAAAGUCGUCACUGACGCUUGCGCUGUUCCGCAUCAUCGAGCCCACCACGGGCAACAUCAGCAUUGAUGGUCUUAAUACGAGUUCUAUAGGGUUGUUGGACCUCCGCAGGAGACUGGCCAUCAUCCCCCAGGACGCCGCCCUGUUUGAGGGUACCGUUCGCGACAACUUGGACCCCGGUCAUGUACAUGAUGACACGGAGCUAUGGAGCGUACUUGAUCACGCCCGGUUAAAGGACCACGUCGACAGCAUGGAGGGUGGCCUCGAGGCCAAGAUCAAUGAAGGAGGGUCCAACCUCUCCCAAGGCCAGCGGCAGCUCGUCUCCCUCGCGCGUGCGAUGCUGACCCCCUCCAACAUUCUGGUUCUCGACGAGGCGACAGCCGCCGUCGACGUCGAGACGGAUGCCAUGCUGCAGCAGACGCUGCGGUCUCCCCUCUUCGCAAACCGCACCAUCAUCACCGUGGCGCACCGCAUCAACACCAUCCUCGACAGCGACCGCGUUGUUGUGCUGGACAAGGGCGAGGUCGUCGAGUUUGACUCACCCAAGGCACUACUGAAGAAGCAGGGCGUAUUCUACGGGCUCGUCAAGCAGGCUGGUCUCGAGACGGAGACUUGA